AUGUUAAAAUAUAUGCGCACUAUCGAAUUUUAUUAUCCACACAUAACAAAACUUGUACGAAUUGGUGUGUCACAUGAAGGUGCGCCAAUUGAAGGAUUAAAGAUUGGUUAUCCAAUAAACGAUAUCAGCAAACGUGCAUUUUGGAUUGAUGGUAAUAUUCAUGCAAGAGAAUGGGCUUCGAGUCAUACUGCAUUAUAUUUUAUUAAUCAGUUGGUCUCAGGAUUCGGAAAGGAUCCGGUUAUAACACGUUAUCUAAGAUCUAUCAAUAUUUACAUUUUUCCAUGCUUGAAUCCGGAUGGCUAUGAAUAUACACGAUCAAAACCAAAUCCUCAGGUCCGAUUAUGGCGCAAGAAUCGUUCGCCGCAAAAGUGUAUACGUUCACCGUGGGGUGGGCGACGAUGUUGCGAAGGGGUCGAUUUAAAUCGUAAUUUCGAUUUUCACUGGGCAGAAGUUGGUUCAAGUGAAAAUCCAUGUUCAUACUUAUACCAAGGUGAAAGCGCAUUUAGUGAACCAGAAACAAGAGCAGUAAGAGAUUUCUUAUUAUCACCUGAAAUGCGAGGUAAAUUAGACGGUUUUAUAACGCUUCAUACGUAUGCACAAUUAUGGAUACAUCCAUACAGUCAUAAAGUGGAAUCAUUUCCUGAUAAUUAUGCACAAUUGAAGCGUACAGCAAAACGUGCAGUUAGUCGGUUAAAAAAAAUUUAUGGAACACAGUAUAGAAUUGGUACUGGUGCUGAUAUUUUAGCACCAGCAUCUGGUGGUUCAGAUGAUUGGGCUAAAGAGGUACUUGGAGUAAAAUUUGUUUAUUUGGUAGAGCUUCGACCUCAAUUGGAAUUAUUAAAUGGAUUUAUUUUAAAUAAAAACGAACUGAUUCCAACAGCUGUUGAAACUUGGGAAGGUGUCCGAACAGUUAUAGAUGAUGCCAUCCGCGCUAAUGAUUUAUUAACUGCAAGUUUAAAACCGAUAACCAGUGAAUCGCUUUCUGUGUUAGGCCGAUUUAUAAAGCAAAAAAUACAACCUUUUUUGUUGUAA